AUGCACGUCGUCGUGCUGGGACACGUGGACGCGGGUAAAUCGACGCUCAUGGGGCGCGUGCUCCACCUCGUCGGCGUCGUCGAUGCCAAGCAACUCAGGCGGAACGAGAAGGACGCCGCCGCGCUCGGCAAGUCGUCGUUUGCGUGGGCAUUCGCGCUGGACACCGCGGAGACGGAGCGGGCGCGGGGCGUCACCGUCGACGUGGCACAGGCGAGGUUCGUAACGCCCGUAACGCCGACGCGACCCGAACCGACGCGCGUGACGUUACUGGACGCGCCGGGACACAGGGACUUCGUCGGAAACGCCAUCGCGGGAGCCGCGAGGGCCGACGCCGCGGUGCUCGUCGUCGACGCGGCUCCCGGCGGAUUCGAAACCGGCUUCGGAGACGCGUCGAGCGUUUCUAGCAACGGCCAGACCCGCGAGCACGUCCGCCUGGCGCGGUCCCUCGGUGUGUCGCACGUCAUCGUCGCGGUGAGCAAGAUGGACGCCUGCGGGUACUCCGAGGAACGGUUCGAAUUCAUCAAAAACACUUUGGAGCCGUUUUUGGCAAAGAGCGGGUUCGGGCCCGAACACGUGUCGUGGGUCCCCGUGAGCGGGUUCGAGGGCGUGAACCUGGUACCCGGCGAGUGCGCCAUCCCGGUCCCGAACGCGCUGUCGGAGUGGUGGAGUGGCGGGACGCUGACGGAGUGUAUCGACGACGUACCAACUGUGGACCGCGGCGCGCCCCGCCCGUUCCGCAUGCCGAUCGCCGACGUGAUCCCGAACGGCACCAGCAGAACCCUAGGGGCCGCCGCGAUCGGCGGUAAGAUCGCGUGCGGUAGCGUGCGUAAGGGGGAUCGCGUGUUGGUCAUGCCCGCAGGGGUUGUGGCGAGGGUCAAGGCGGUUGAGUUUCCGGUGGGCGACGGCGACGGCGCGGGAAGGGCGGAGAACGUCGGACACGCCGGGGACGCGUGCGACGUGGCACCCGGCGGGUGUCUGUGCCACGUGGACUUUCCCGUGACCGUAGCGGCGGGGGUUCGCGCCAAAAUCGUCACCACGGAGUCGGUGCGCGUGCCACUGCUGGUCGGGUCACGGGCGGUGGUUCACUCCAACUCGUACGCGGCGGAGGCGACGAUCGCGUCCAUCGUCUGUAAGCUGGACCCCGCCACCGGUGAGCCGGUGGUGGGUGGGGCGGCACCGAGGUGUUUGACCAGGAACCAGGGCGCGGUGGUUGAGCUGGCGUUUGGUGACCGCGCCAUGUGCUGCGAGUCGUACGAUGCGGUGCCGUCCAUGGGCCGGGUGGCGCUGCGACGUGACGGCGCCACGAUCGCGGUGGGCACGAUCCAGGAGGCGUGGCCCGCGGACGACGAGCCGUGAGUGGGACUUACUUUUUAAGGACGAGUCGUGGGUGGUUACGAGUGUUGACUAGGCGUUGAACUAUCAUAAAACUCGUAUCAGUCCU